UGAAAAAUAAAGAAAGAAUGAAACACUUUGAGAGAAGGAGACAAAAAGGAGAUUCAGUGUUUGUCUUUGACCUUGACAUAUUGGGACGUGGCCAGCAGGGGACUGAGCAGAAACAGUUUGUAACAUGGUGUGUAAUAUUCACCUGGCAGGGUCCCAUCUGCCCCGAGGGGGGCUGCUGGUCCUGUUUUCACUCAGCUGCAUGCUGUUCUCAUCUCUGGCAGAGAGCCCUCCACGUUUCAUCACAUUUCCUGUGAAUCAGACGGGCAUCUCGGGUGGAGUUGCUUCAUUUGUGUGCCAGGCCAGAGGAGAGCCAAAACCCACAAUCACCUGGUUCAAGAUAGGCAAGAAGAUCAGCAGCCAGCGAUUUGAGGUGAUUGAAUUUGAUGGAGGUUCGGGGUCGGUGCUGCGGAUCCAGCCGCUGCGCGUAUACAGAGAUGCAGCCAUUUACAAGUGCAGCGCCAAUAAUAGUGCAGGCGAGGUCAGCGUCAGUGCCAGACUUGAAGUGCUUGAAGAGAACAACAUCCCCCACGACUUUCCCUCCAUUGAUAUGGGCCCCCAGCUUAAAGUUGUUGAAAAAAACAGAACUGCCACAAUGCUGUGCGCUGCCAGUGGAAACCCAGACCCAGAGAUCUCUUGGUUCAAGGACAUGCUUCCUGUGAAUAUCAGCAGCAGCGACGGGCACCUCAAACAGCUUCGCUCAGGUAGACUUUAAAAUGAUCUGAUUUAAUAUCUCAAAGGUUUGAAUUUGCGUGGCAUACUGAGCAGCUUGGAGAUCUUUGUUCCCGUACCAUUUCUUUUAUUCACUUUCACCAUUAAAGGCAUGAAUGUUUUAUUCAACUUCA